AUGAGCGGAAUCUACCUGGGCUCCCUCCUGACUAUUUGUCCAUCGGCAAGCGUCUCAGCUGAAUCCGGAUGCUUCAAUAACGUCUCCCAACGACACCUCGAAUCCGAGGAUUUCCAAAGGGAGUGGCUUACUAUCGACACUAGAAUGAGAGAUGGGCGGUCUAGCCGCUUGUACAUCCUAGACCGUCAAUCUGAAAUUCCUGCUGGAUUAUUCGACGAUGAAGUUCGGAGAGGGGUCCUCAGCCAGAGAGCAUGGGCUCUACAGGAGCACAUCAUGCCCAGGCGCACUCUUUACAUCACCUCAAAACAGCUCCUGUGGGAAUGCUGGCACUGUCGGCUCAGCGAGGAUAACUUUCCCCAGUACCAGGGGGACCGGCUAUACCCAAUCCUCGAUUUCAGCUUUGCACUUGACGCGAGGGCUAUGAUCCAUGUGUGGUACUUGAGAGUCGUCGAAGAUUACACACGGCGCCAGCUUACAUGCGAGCAAGACAAGUUGAUUGCCAUCAGCGCCCUGGCAAGAGCAACGUAUUCGAAUCGGCACAUCGCCUACGUUGCGGGACUCUGGAGAGACUGCAUUGUCCCAGGCCUUCUGUGGAGGCGUUUCGGCCCAGGCUGCAGGUCCAAGACGUAUUCCUGCCCAACUUGGUCAUGGGCCUCUCAGAAUUCGGCUGUCGAAUACGGGUUGGCAAGCACGUAUGGAUCCAGAUUCAGACCUUCUGGACCGUUCCCGAGGAUCCAGGAUGUGUCUUGGGCCACCAAACCGGAGAACCCCUUUGGUGAUGUGCUCUUCGCUUGGGUCGACCUAGACACUACGAUCGCUCUUGGGAGCGUGCUCCGAGACAACAUUUUCUGUCAGGCAUGGUACCCUAGGAGGAAGCACGCGGAACAGACGUUGAUUAUACCUGGGCCUGGCCAAAUUGGAACCAUUUGUGCAGAUGUGACAAUGGACGAUGCGGAUGGAGGCGGUCGAAAUGUUGUGGUCGCAAACAUGGGGCACUGCCUUCUACUUCUGGAGCCCCCGAGCUUGGAGUCUAAAGAGUACCGGCGGGUCGGGGUUGCUGCUCUCUGCACGAGUGAAUGGUACGAUUUGGUCAACACUGAGGCUGUAUCGUUCGGGUGGACGCAGAGAACUAUCAGACUCGUAUAG